CGAGUGAUGUUACACAAAAGGCCUCAUUACUUUCUCAAACAGGGAAGAAUAUUCGUGGCGCUGAAUUUUCAGGUUAAUCCAUGCUACCUCUGUUGACAAAACUCAGUAUUCUUUCAUGCACGUUAGCCAUGUUCUUUCAAAUACUGUCAGGGAACACCUACAAAAGACCUCUGGGCAGAUUUUUAGAACAACGAUAACGUUCGCCUCAUACAAAACCUUCCUCUGAUUCACAAGCACGCUCAAUGCCACCAAUACAACAAACUCUGUCAAGCUCCUCCAACAAAUCAGGACAGUUUCAGAGCCAUCUUUCUAGCAAACCGGGUUUGACAGCAAAGAGCACUCUCGCACCAUCUCAAAGGCGUCUAGACAGUGUGAACCUGUCAGGCAUCACUGUUCAGACUCCUGUUUCUAGAAUGAUCAAAUCGCGUGUUAGUAUUAACCAGCCGGGCCAUGCAUUUGACAUGCCUUCGUCGAGUAUAAGGCUUCGCAGCUCCACGGAUUCUGUGGCCACAAAACAAAGGCUUCUUGAGUCUUAUAAUCGCGUUAAAUCGGGGUUGAGCAUGAGGUAAAACUUUGUAGUGUUGUGGCAUGCGAUUAUAUGAAGUAUUAAUAGUGGUUGAUUUUAUUGUUAUUGACGAGCCAUUUUAAUCCGGUGAUGGUUAAUCGAUCUCUCAUCAACCAACAAGUUUAGGCCGGUGAUUUCACCUUCAAUGGGAAUAAUAUUUAUGCACUAAUAAGUUGGGGUAAUAUAUGCGGAUACCCCACAUUUCAGAAGCAAAAUAGCAGAGAUGAUGCACUGGCACAACAACUGGCUUAAUUUGAUUAUGAGUUCUAAAAUGGUGAUCCUGACCAUCUUAGGAUUAUUGUAGUUAUGCCAAGUCAACCCUGGAUUGAACCUGCAACAUUGAAACUUAAGCAUAGGAUCGGGUUUGGACCGUUUCGUGAUGUCUGGUUAGCAACACAACACAAGUCAUCUGAAGAAUAUGACUUAUGCAUAAAAACCUGAGGUUGCUACUGAGUUUUACAAUGGCAGUUAUUGCUUUGAAGUAUAUUGACCCCAUAUCAGGGAGGUAACUUCGUUUUAAAGGGAAAGCAUAUAAUAUCCACCCCCAUCAACAUCAUUGUAUAAUUUUCCUUUGAUUUGCCUAUAAGAAGUGGCACCAACUUUAUCAAAUUUGUCGGGUCAAAACAACAUUGUUCUACUAAGAUUAUUGACGCAUCCGUUGGUUACCUAUUGCUAUUUUAUUACAUUUUGUUGAAGUCCCUAGGCAUUUUAUUUGGCAUCUUACAUAUUAUUCUUAACAAUGUUUUAAACGGGAUAUGUCUCUAAGUUUGAGAAUGCUGUAGGCGGGAUGCUAGAUGAAUUAUUAUCAAGAGAUAUUGAAGAUUUAGACCUGGAUGGGGCUCUGUCGACAUUACAAGAUAGACUGCAGGUUAAACUCCUCAGACAACUAUCUCCUUGACUUCAAUGAUACUGGAAACAUUGAUAUAAUGGACAUAGAAGAAGAAAUGCCAUUGAGGCAAACAACACUGUUUGAUAUCCAAAAUGCGGUAAAUGAACUGAUCGAAAAAAUUCUGUCACAAACAGCAGCUGAUCUUAACAUGUCACCUGCUAUAAUUCAUUUGCAGUUUCAGUUACUAUCACAAUAAAAAGUGAUUUCUCCUUGCAUGUUUAUGUUUAUGCACCGAGUCCCCCGACAUUUGAAGGAGAAAGACAUAGGUUAUAUUGUACGGAAAAUGAAAUGGAAAA